AUAGGCUAGUUCAUUAGACAGGAGGGGACAACAACGCCCACAUGUCCAAAGUAGACUAUUUGGAAAUUACGCGCGCUAUCCUUGCACAACCAAAGAACCUAAAUAUAUAAUUCACUGCACAAUCGCAGUACUUUGAAGUCUGACAUCCACAAUGACGUUACAUUUGUGUUGUUGUAAAAUGAAUAAAACAUUUGGCACAUUGAUUGACAAGGUCUUAUUCAAAUAAAAGUUCCAGUCAAAGCGUGCACACUUUUUUUCGAGCCCUGCAUGGGAGGCGUGGAGCUCUCACUUUUGACAUUCUCUCUCUCUGCGGUAGCUUCUCCUCAAGGCAGACUAGCGAACUCUUAUGACAUCACCCAGCCACCGAAUGGGAGAAGAAGGGAACAGCUCUCUGCGGAUGAACGAUGUUUUAAUAGAAGUGGAUGUGUUUGGGCAUAUCAAUUGAAUUCGUGCAAGGGAAAAGUUUUUAAAGUUGUUCAAAUCUUCAAAAAGAUUCCGUGGGAAUACUUUGCUUUGAAACCAGCGGAGUUACUCAUAGCCUACUUCGCCAAAAGGUCCCUGAAUAGGCUACCAACGAAUGUUAGAGGCGAAAUGUAAAACUAUAACUAUUGUAGCGUAUGUUCCUGCGCAUUGUGUCUUGUCUCCUGCUUUCUGGAAUAGAGCAUAAAGGAAGCAGAGGAGAGACGGCUUUUCUCGAAUUCAUUUCUCGCCUAUGGACGACAGCGGUCCCCUCUCUCCAAAGGCAAAUGCUUUCAGUAUAGCCUCUCUGAUUUCAGCUGCAGAGCAAGCAGGAAACGCAACAUUUGACAAACACGGUAUUGGCCUGGACAAGCAACACCAGCACGACUGUUACAGUUCAUUGAAAAUGCACUACAGCACUGUCACCAGGGAAAUGGAAGCCUUCACUACUAGCAGCCUAAGCAGCCUCAACACGUCAGGAAAUUACCAUCUCUCCCCGUCCCCCGGGGACCCCUACAGCCAACAUGAAACCCACUUUGAGCCCUGCCCGGCCGCUCAACACAGCUACAACUACUCGGGGUCGAACCCGGCCCAGGCCCAGCACAGCGACACCGGGACUUCCAACUGUUCCUCGUCGUCCUCUAGCUCCACGCCGAACAGCAAGUCUCUGGUGAAAAAGAACCCUAAGGUGGCCAACAUUAACGUUCAGUUGGAGAUGAAAGCUUUAUGGGAUGAAUUUAAUCAGCUGGGAACAGAGAUGAUCGUUACCAAGGCUGGAAGGCGAAUGUUUCCUACGUUUCAAGUGAAAAUAUUUGGAAUGGAUCCUAUGGCAGACUACAUGCUGCUAAUGGAUUUCUUACCAGUCGACGACAAAAGAUACAGGUAUGCUUUCCACAGCUCCUCGUGGCUGGUGGCGGGUAAAGCUGACCCUGCUACUCCGGGGAGAGUUCACUACCACCCGGACUCUCCAGCCAAGGGCGCACAGUGGAUGAAGCAGAUAGUCUCAUUCGAUAAACUAAAACUCACUAACAAUUUACUGGAUGACAAUGGACAUAUAAUUCUAAACUCAAUGCACAGAUACCAGCCAAGGUUCCACGUCGUCUAUGUGGACCCACGCAAAGACAGCGAGAAGUAUGCGGAGGAGAAUUACAAGACCUUUGUUUUUGAGGAAACACGGUUCACGGCGGUAACAGCAUACCAAAACCACAGGAUCACGCAGCUGAAAAUCGCCAGUAAUCCUUUUGCAAAGGGCUUCAGGGACUGUGAUCCGGAGGACUGGCCCAGGAAUCACAGGCCAGGCUCUCUGCCAAUUAUGAGUGCCUUUGCAAGAACAAGGAACCCAAUGUCGUCUCCCCCACAGCAGAACAGCUCAGAAAAAGAGGACAGUAGGCGGGACUACGACCGGGACCCCAGUGGUACGCCGAUGCACGCCGACCCCGCCCAUCAGCUGAUGUCACGCGUCCUCAGCCCCGCUCUCCCCAUCCCAGGAGGCCUCCACGCCGUCCCCCUCACUAGCGGCCGGCCCAGCCCUCCCCACGACUUGCGUACCCCGGACGGCCACCCGCUGGCCCCAGACACCCUGCAUCACCACCCAUACAAGUACCCCACAUCCUACGAACACUACCUUGGGGCUAAGACCCGGCCAUCGCCGUACCCUUUACCCGGCAUCAGAGGACACACGUACCACCACCACAUGAACCCAGCCACAGCUAACAUGUACUCUGCCACCAGCGCCCCAUCUAACUAUGACUACGGGCCAAGAUAAUGAAUGUUUAGCUGUAGCUGGCAGCCGCUGCCCAUGGCCGACACACCUGGGCCACCGCUACUAGCUAGCUAGCGCUGUGGAAAAGCAAACACACAGGAGGGGAGGGACAACACAACUCUGUCUUCAUGGCUGAUGCAAUGUCAAGUGAGUCGGGAGAUUGCGCGGUGCGCUCCUGUUGCUGGAUACCCUCCACCCCUCAGAGAGACAAAAACUUCCGUAUUUAUUUUAGGGAAACGCAUCUUGGCAGGAAGUACAGACUGCCUUCUGAGCCCAAGCAGGGGUCUGUCUUGAUCUCUGAACGUUGACAGCAAUAGCUCUAUAUGAGGGUACCUUUUUCCUGUGAGGUAGAGCGAAGCAGACAGUGAGCCCUCUCUUAAAACAUGGAUGAUGCAUUAUCACGGACUGGAAAUUAUAAUUUUUUUGUGUUGGAUGCACUUUGUUUUUUUUUUGCUUUCAAAAAAGCCAUAUGUUAUAUAGUCAAUCAAGCUUUCAUAAAUAUACAAGAUAUUUGCAUGUUGAGCUCAUCAGAUAGGUGUUAAAAUGCCUUUGAAAUGUUGUUUUUUUGUUCGAGAAAAAAAAAUGGAUUAGAUUUUUUAACCAUCCUGAGAUGCAGCCCUGAGAAGCUUGUACCAUGGCACUGACUUGCAGCAAUUCUAAGUAAAUAAAGCAGCAGCAUGACUGUUCUGUAACUGUAAAAUAAACAUCACAUUCUUAACUUUUAAUUCAUAAA